AUGUCUACCAGCUCGAGCGACCCGUUCUUCAACUUCACGAAGUCGAGCUUCAGGAGCGCGGCGGCGCAGAAGGCCUCGGCGACUUCUCUGCCGCCGCUGCCUGGUCCCGACAAGAAAGUCCCUGGAAUGGACAUCAAGUACGACGUUGUCAUAGUAGGCUCCGGACCGAUUGGAUGCACCUAUGCCCGUGAGCUCGUCGAAGCCGGUUACAAGGUCGCGAUGUUCGACAUCGGAGAGAUCGACUCCGGCCUGAAGAUCGGUGCCCACAAGAAGAACACUGUCGAAUACCAGAAGAACAUUGACAAGUUUGUGAACGUCAUUCAGGGUCAAUUGAUGUCUGUUUCCGUUCCCGUCAAUACCCUCGUGAUCGAUACGCUCAGCCCGACGUCUUGGCAAGCUUCAUCGUUCUUCGUCCGUAACGGCUCGAACCCAGAGCAGGACCCGCUUCGUAACCUCAGUGGUCAGGCGGUCACACGCGUCGUCGGGGGAAUGUCCACGCAUUGGACUUGCGCGACACCCCGCUUUGACCGCGAGCAGCGCCCACUGCUCGUGAAGGAUGACACGGACGCCGACGACGCCGAGUGGGACCGGCUGUACACCAAGGCCGAGUCGUACUUCAAGACCGGGACGGACCAGUUCAAGGAGUCGAUCCGCCACAACCUCGUGCUCAACAAGCUCGCGGAGGAAUACAAAGGUCAGCGCGACUUCCAGCAGAUCCCGCUGGCGGCAACGCGCCGCAGUCCGACCUUCGUCGAGUGGAGCUCGGCGAACACCGUGUUCGACCUCCAGAACAGGCCGAACACGGACGCGCCGAAUGAGCGCUUCAACCUCUUCCCCGCGGUCGCAUGUGAGCGCGUCGUGCGCAACACGUCGAACUCCGAGAUCGAGAGUCUGCACAUCCACGACCUCAUCUCAGGCGACCGCUUCGAAAUCAAGGCAGACGUGUUUGUUCUCACAGCCGGGGCGGUCCACAACGCGCAGCUUCUCGUGAACUCUGGCUUUGGACAGCUGGGCCGGCCGGACCCCGCGAACCCGCCGCGGUUGCUGCCUUCCCUGGGAAGCUACAUCACCGAGCAGUCGCUCGUCUUCUGCCAGACCGUGAUGAGCACCGAGCUCAUCGACAGCGUCAAGUCCGACAUGAUCAUCAGGGGCAACCCUGGUGAUCCGGGGUAUAGCGUCACGUACACGCCGGGCGCGUCGACCAACAAGCACCCGGACUGGUGGAACGAGAAGGUGAAGAACCACAUGAUGCAGCACCAGGAGGACCCGCUCCCGAUCCCGUUCGAGGACCCCGAGCCCCAGGUCACCACCCUGUUCCAGCCGUCGCACCCGUGGCACACCCAGAUCCACCGCGACGCUUUCAGUUACGGUGCGGUGCAGCAAAGCAUCGACUCGCGUCUCAUCGUCGACUGGCGCUUUUUCGGAAGGACGGAGCCCAAGGAGGAAAACAAGCUCUGGUUCUCGGACAAGAUCACCGACACGUACAACAUGCCGCAGCCGACGUUCGACUUCCGCUUCCCGGCAGGCCGCACGAGCAAGGAGGCGGAGGACAUGAUGACCGACAUGUGCGUCAUGUCGGCGAAGAUUGGUGGCUUCCUGCCCGGCUCUCUCCCGCAAUUCAUGGAGCCCGGUCUUGUCCUUCACCUCGGUGGUACGCACCGCAUGGGCUUCGAUGAGCAGGAGGACAAGUGCUGCGUCAACACGGACUCCCGCGUGUUCGGCUUUAAGAACCUUUUCCUCGGCGGCUGCGGCAACAUUCCCACCGCGUACGGCGCGAACCCGACGCUCACCGCAAUGUCGCUCGCGAUCAAGAGUUGCGAGUACAUCAAGAACAACUUCACACCGAGCCCUUUCACAGAUCAGGCUCAGUGA